AUGAGUUGUUUCGGGUACCGACGAGAGCUCAGCAAGUAUGAGGACGUGGACGAGGAUGAGCUUUUGGCCUCCCUCAGUCCCGAGGAGCUGGCGGAGCUGGAGAAGGAGCUGGCAGAUAUCGAACCGGACGCCAAUGUGCCCAUCGGACUAAGGCAGAGAGACCAGACAGACAAGACCCCAACCGGCACUUUCAGCAGAGAGGCCCUCAUGAAGUACUGGGAGAAUGAGACAAGGAAACUGCUGGAAGACGAGAUAGGAGGAGGAAGCCCCAAACCGGACGAGGACCAAGAGAAGAGCUGUGUGACAGAAAGCAACAGUGAAGAGGAGGAUGAAAAAGAUGAGAGUGAGAAAGAAAAGAAAGAGUGUAUAAAUGAAAAAGAGAGAGAAGAGGAGGAGGAAGAAGAAGAGGAGGAGGAAGAAGAGGAAGAAGAAGAGGAUGAGGAAGAGGCAGUAACAGAAGAAGAUGAUGAUGGUGAGGAGGAGGGACAAGAAGAAAAAGCAAGUUCAGACCCCCCAAAGAAUUGUGGUCCUGUAACGCCAUGGGGUGAGACCUCGGUGUCUCUUAAACCUCCGAGGCUGGAGCCGGUCAGACUGACUCCACCACCACAACCUGCCGAACAAAACUCCUGUGGAAACCCCAUCGUUGUAGAUGAUGCGCUGGAACGAGUCCUUAAAAAUGACCCACAACUCACAGAGGUCAACCUCAACAACAUUGAGGACAUUUCACAGGGAACCCUGAUCCGAUUUUCUGAGGCGUUGCGGACCAACACUCAUGUCCGGGUCUUCAGUUUGGCAAACACGCACGCCGAUGACCCUGUGGCGCUGGCCAUCGCCAAGAUGCUACGAGAGAACUCAUCCAUCACCAGUUUGAAUAUAGAGUCCAACUAUGUGACGGGGAAGGGGGUGCUGGCGUUGGUUCAAGCCCUUCCAGGAAACAACACUUUGACUGAGCUCCGCUUCCACAACCAGCGACACAUGUGUGGGGGACAGGUGGAGAUGGAGAUGGUUAAGAUUCUGAGGGAAAAUUACACACUGAUCAAACUGGGGUACCAGUUUAACCUUCCUGGGCCCAGGAUGAGCAUGACUGGGAUCCUGACCAGGAACCAGGACCGCCAGAGACAAAAACGGAUGCAAGAACAGAGACAGCAGCAGCAACAAGGCCAGCAGGGGGCGCAGGAGGGAGCUGUUAACCUCCGCACCACUGCACUGAGGGGAACACCUUGCUCGUCACCUUACAACUCACCCAGGGCCUCCCCUUGGUCCUCUCCGAAGCUCCCCAGGAAUAGCACGGCUAAAAAACAGAUUCCCCCAGCUUCCACUCCACCACCCCCUCCCCUGGUCCCGCCCCCACCUCCUCCUCCACUGCCUCCUCCUCCUCCUCCUCCCCCGCCUCCACGGGAGAAGAGAAAGCCAACCAGGAUGAUCGCGGAGGUGAUCCGGGCUCACGAGGAGGGCAGCAGGAAGGAGGCAAAGCCAAAGGGGAAGAAAGGGAAGAAGGGGAGAGCGAAGGAGAAGGGGAGCGAGAAGGAGACGAGCGGCAUCCUGCGGGAGCUGAAGAACGCACUGAGACCUGUGGCCGGUGAGAGGAGAGGGGAGGAGUCCAGCAGGCCCUCCACACCCAUGAGGUCGGACCACGACCACCUGAUGGAGUCCAUCCGCAACAGCAGCAUCCGCAACCUGAGGCGGGUGGAACUGCCACGUCAUCUCCUAUAAUAGCAGAGGAGAAACCCUUCUUGCCCUUCAGUUGCUGUGGAAAAUUUGAAAUUUGAGAAAUUCGACAAUGAAGAGACCAAUGGUGAUGCAAUGAAGGGUGGAAUUCUCAUUUUCAUUAUAGAGAAGGUGGCUGGAUUUUUACUCAUGCAAAAAAAAAAAUAAUAAUACUGAGUUUGCACUGGAAUAAUCAUACCUUUACAAUUUUAAGAAAAUCUUUGUGUUGUUUCUUUUCAAAAAUGUUUUUAAGAACAUUAUUGGACAAAAGUAUUUGUAUUUUCAGUUUGGUUGAUGAUUUGUCUGUUGUCUGAAAGUUUCCGGAUAUUGUUUUCUAAAUAAGUAUUUUCCUGUAAAAUUGUAAAUAUGAUUUGUUGCUAGUUGAACUAUGUGUUGAUUCGGUGUGUCUUCAGUAUUACGCUUAAAAACAUGUCACACAGUCAUUUUCCAAAUGUCACUGCAAAUGUUACUUCACAAAUCUUUGAGAUCAGUGUGGAUAAUGGUUUCCAGAGAAAAUUUAAAAAACUUAAUCAGCAGAAAUGUAAAAUCUAAUAAAAAAAACUUUUACGGGAUGGAUGUCAUCAAGAUUUUAAGUUACUAAUUUAUGCUCUGAUACCGUAGUGCUGAAAUAAUUACAUUGAUUAAUUGAUUAACCGAUCGACGGGAAAUUAACUGGGUAUAAUCUUUGUAACUGAUUAAUCGUUUGAUUUGUAACACAAAAAGGUUGCUUGCCUUUUG